AAAGAAACUUGGAUCUGAGAAAAAUAUUCAAGGACAAUGCAAGCCAACUCCAACCAAAUGCUUGGUCUGCCAGGAACUGCAGGCACUGAGAAUGUCUCAGCUUCUCAAUAUGCAAGGUUGACAGGAGAAGGCUCUUGUCUUCAUUCUGGAGAUGUGCAUAUCCAGAUAAACUCCAUACCGAAAGAAUGUGCUCAAAAUCCAAGCUCCAGAAAUGUAAGGUCAGGUGUCCACAGCUGUAGCCAUGGAUGUGUACACAGUCGCUUGCAGAGUCACGCCUACAGUGAAGCAAGGCAGCCAGAUGAUACUGCUACGGAGUCGGGAGAACAUGGCAGUAACUCCUUCUCAGAAUUCCGCUCUCUCUUCAAGUGGUUGCAAAAAAGCCUUCCAUAUAGUCUGAUUCUGAGUGUCAAACUUGUUAUGCAGCAUAUAACAGGAAUUUCUCUUGGAAUUGGACUGCUAACAACUUUUAUGUAUGCAAACAAAAGCAUUGUAAAUCAGGUUUUUCUAAGAGAAAGGUGCUCAAAGAUUCAGUGUGCUUGGUUACUGGUAUUCUUAGCAGGAUCUUCUGUUCUUUUAUAUUAUGCCUUUAAUUCUCAGUCACUUUAUUACAGCUUAAUUUUUUUAAAACCUGCUUUGGACCAUUUGAGCUUCUGGGAAAUACUUUGGAUUGUUGGGAUUACAGACUUUAUUCUGAAAUUCAUUUUCAUGGGCUUAAAAUGUCUUAUUUUACUGGUGCCUUCUUUCCUCAUACCUUUUAAAUCCAAGGGUUUCUGGUACAUGCUUUUAGAAGAAUUAUGUCAGUACUACCGAACUUUUGUUCCCAUACCAGUUUGGUUUCGUUAUCUUAUAAGCUAUGGGGAGUUUGGCAAUGUAACAAGAUGGAGUCUGGGGAUAUUGCUGGCUUUACUCUACCUCAUAAUGAAACUUUUGGACUUUUUUAGACAUCUGAGAACUUUCAGGCAGGUUUUGCAAAUAUUUUUUACUCGACCUAGUUAUGGGGUGGCUGCCAGCAAGAGACAGUGUUCAGAUGUGGAUGAUAUUUGUUCAAUUUGUCAAGCUGAAUUUCAGAAGCCAAUUCUGCUUAUCUGUCAGCAUAUAUUUUGUGAAGAAUGCAUCGCCUUAUGGUUUAACAGAGAGAAAACAUGUCCUCUAUGCAGAACUGUAAUUUCAGAACAUAUAAACAAAUGGAAAGAUGGAGCAACUUCUUCACACCUUCAAGUAUAUUAA